UCCGUCUUCUCUGUGUGUGUGUGAUUGUGAGCUCGGUGAUACACUGACAGCUGAACGAUACGAUGUAACAGUGACCUCCCCGAGAGCAGUCCGCGUGGAUUAUGUGUUGAUCACGGGAGUGAUCUUAUCGCGGAUCGCAGAGCCCGUGUUUCAUCCCGUCGUCCGCGGCUCUUACGCCCAUCAACUGCGGCGGGGCUCCGUCGAUCAGUGGCCGUUUGUUUAUCCGCACACAGCGGGACUCAUGGGGAACAGCACAUCAUGCUGCGUGUCGUCCAGCCCGAAGCUCCGGCGGAACGCGCACUCGAGGCUGGAGCCGUACCGGCCCGAACCGGAGCUGAGCCGAGAGGACACGGGCUGCAACCUGCAGCACAUCAGCGACAGAGAGAACAUAGACGAGCUCAACAUGGAGUACAAUCCUGCGGACCACCCGCGUGCCAGCACCAUAUUUCUCAGCAAGUCUCAAACAGACGUCCGGGAAAAACGGAAAAGUCUGUAUGUCAACCAUUUAACACACAUUGCGGAGUCAAAGCAACAUCCGUCUGGUCCAAUGAGACGCAAGUACAGCUCCUGUUCGACAAUCUUCCUGGACGACAGCACCGUCAGCCAACCCAACCUCAAAUACACCAUUAAAUGUGUUGCCCUCGCAAUAUACUACCACAUAAAGAACAGAAAUGUGGACGGACUGAUGCUGUUAGACAUUUUUGAUGAAAAACUUCAUCCACUUUCAAAAUUGGAGAUGCCGUCAGACUAUGACAAGCACGACCCAGAACAGAAACAGAUCUACAAAUUCGUCCGUACACUCUUCAGUGCCGCCCAGCUCACGGCUGAGUGUGCCAUAGUUACUCUGGUGUAUCUGGAGAGAUUAUUAACAUAUGCAGAGAUUGACAUCUGUCCUGCUAACUGGAAGAGGAUUGUUUUGGGUGCCAUCCUGUUGGCGUCAAAAGUGUGGGAUGAUCAGGCCGUAUGGAAUGUUGACUACUGCCAGAUCCUCAAAGACAUCACCGUGGAAGACAUGAAUGAGUUGGAGCGACAGUUUCUGGAGCUGCUGCAGUUCAAUAUUAACGUUCCAUCUAGCGUGUAUGCCAAGUACUAUUUUGACUUGCGUUCACUUUCUGAGGCGAACAACCUCAGCUUUCCCCUGGAGCCUCUCAGCAGAGACAAGGCCCAGAAGCUUGAGGCGAUCUCCAGGCUUUGUGACGACAAAUAUAAAGACUUGAGAAAAGCAGCCAAGAAGCGCUCAGUGAGCGCAGAUAACCUGAAAGUGGUCAGAUGGUCGCCGGCCAUCAUAUCCUAAUAAUGGUGGACAUUGGGGACUUUCACGAGAGACUGAGGGAAAGAGACUGUCAGAAGAAGCGUUCUCUAAGAGGACAUAUGUGCUUAGUACCUCCACAAGACUCUUGAGCCAGAGUGUGUCAGAAGAGAGUUCUUGCUGGUCGUACGGCUGCUGUAUAUACAAGACACCCACACAAAGAUCACUUUCCAACCUGUGGCUUAGAGGAAAGAGAGGAAGACACUGCUACUGCAGUUCAGAAAAACUGGAGGACGCAAAUGAAAGGAUAUAAACGAGGGAGAAAGACACCCAAUGACUGGAACAGCAUUCCAACAGCUCUGUGUCUUACAUGUAUGCCAUUCUAGGUGAGGAAGUAUUCGUACUGUGUUUAUUGAUCUUGUAUGGUUAGAAAAAAUUCCACCUGGACGCUCAAGGAUGUGUUGUAUCAAGAUCAAGAGCCAAAAUCAACUAUAUUCCCUAGAUAUUCCUCCAUUCCUUAAAGUAUCUCUCUCCAAAUGGCUGUGAGCUGAUUAAACUAUAAAAUUACCACUGUUCUUACAAACUGUUAUUUAAUAUUUUAGCUCAUUAAGAUUUAUUUUAAAUUUAAAGAAAUUCUUAAUGAUGGUUUAUUGAUCUAAAAUUAGUCUAACAAUGCAAAUGAAUGGGAAAAUAUACAAUUUGGACCUCUCUGUUAAGUCGGAUUAUUUUAUUGUGUAGUUUUUUUUUUGUUUUGUUUGUUUUUUUCCCCCCCAAUUUUUAAUAUUCGAUAAAGGCAGUUUGCACCAUUUAGUCUUAUUACCUAAGAGUAAUGGAAGUUGACUUUGUAUUUCCAAAAUGAAUGUGGUAUGGAGGGUUUCCAUAUGAAGUCCCUGGGACUUUCCCUUUGAAACACAAUAUUAGAUAAGCCUUGAAAGAGUUAGUUUCAACUGAAAAUGUACAAUGCCGAAAUGGACUGAAAUUGGAAGUUUUAAUAAUGAAAUCAGAGGUUUUUCUUCUGCAGAGCCAACAAUGACAGUCCAUCACCAAUGACCAUGAAUGUGUAUAACCUCCAUAUUCUUGUCACCAUUUUCAACCUCAACAAAUGCCAGAUAUACACAUGCUGUGUCACUCAUUUCCAAUUCUCAAAGCAAUACACUGUGCUCUAUUCCAUACAAUACUUGCUGGGAAAAUUGAAGUGGAUAUUUGAAAGUCUCCUAGCGAACAUUCAGAUGACAUUGAGUCCAAUUUUUUUUGUUGCUAUUGGUGUCUUGAAGUCAAAACACAAAGGUGAGGCUCUUAGUGCCACUGUGAUACAGUGUUUUGCAUUGUUUUAUUUCUCAAUUACAAUGCAUCAAACCAGAGACUGAAUUGAAUUGGUGAGGAAGAGGAAUUCCUGCUGUAUCCACUGCCAUCACCUGCGGUGCCUGCAUUUAGUGGGAAAAUGGCCUUAGAUGUAGAACAGUGAUGGGCAAACUGGGCCCUUCCAGGCCACUUUCCUGCAGAGAUUUGAUCCA